AUGUUGCGAAAGCUCACCGUAGACCAGAUAAACGACUGGUUCACAAUCGGCAAGACAGUUAGUGGAGUAGAAUUCCUGGGGGGUGACCCCACGGCUUCUGGGUCGGCCCAAACCCGCGGUGGGUCUGCUAGAGAGCAGCCAUCUUCUACUGCUAAUGCGGUACCUAUUCAACAGAGUUCUGGAGUUGAAUAUGUUGAAAGAUACAGACAACUGGAGGCAGAAGAACUUGAUGCAUCAGACAACAGUUGGCCUCCUGGUGAACCAGGACCUCAACCCUCUUGCCCUGAAUCUAGUCCCGUGACUCAGAUACCUCUUGGUAACUACAAAUACUCUGAUUUGCCCAUAUCAAGAUACAAAGAAGAGAUAAUGUCCUUGAUAGAAAGCAACUCGGUGGUAAUUGUACGUGGAUCUACAGGUAGCGGCAAAAGCACUCAGCUUCCACAGUAUGUCUUGGAUCACUGUGGGCAGCGCUCCACCUACUGCAACAUCGUCGUUACUCAGCCUAGGAAAAUCGGUGCCAGUAGCAUUGCAAGGUGGAUUAGCAAGCAGCGGUCAUGGCCUCUGGGCGAACUUGUGGGCUACCAGGUUGGUUUAGAAAAAGUUGCAUCGAAGGAUACGAGAUUGAUUUAUGUGACCACUGGAGUUCUCCUUCAGAAAAUAGUUGGAAACAAAAGCCUUUCGGAGUUCACCCACAUCUUCAUAGAUGAAGUGCACGAGCGUACUGAAGAGAUGGAUUUCUUACUCUUGGUGGUCCGUAAACUGUUGCGUACUAAUUCACGAUUUGUGAAGGUGAUUCUGAUGUCUGCGACAAUCAGCUGUCAAGAGUUCGCCACCUACUUUGCCAUUCCAGUUCGCAACAGACUUUAUCCAGCCUAUGUGUUUGAAGUAGAAGGCAAGCCCCAUACUAUCGAAGAAUAUUAUCUUGAUGACCUGAAGCAUGUUAUCAAAAGCCAAUUAAAGCCUUAUGUUAUUGAGGAACCACUGAUACAUCCAGAAAUGUACAAAGCUGCAGUCGCUCUGAUCCAGUGGUUUGAUGAGCUAGAAAUUAAGGAGAGUGGGAAUAAGAGUUGGAAGGGUCUGGACUUUGUGUCAGAGCGUGGCAGUGUGUUGGUAUUUUUACCAGGUUUGGCAGAAAUAAACUACAUGCAUGAGCUUCUCUCGUUCAUGGCUCACAAGAGGUUACAAGUGUAUCCACUCCAUUCCAGUGUCACUUUGGAAGAACAGAAUAAUGUGUUCUUGGCUCCAGUUCCUGGUUACCGCAAAAUCCUUCUGUCUACAAAUAUAGCAGAAAGCUCUGUGACCGUUCCAGACGUUAAAUAUGUCAUCGAUUUCUGUUUGACCAAAACUCUGGUUUGUGAUGAAAGCACCAACUACCAAAGCUUGAGGCUAUGCUGGGCUUCUAAAAACAACUGUAAUCAGAGGAGAGGUCGGGCCGGCCGUGUUUCGAAAGGCUGCUGCUACAGGCUACUGUACAAGAACUUCUGGGCAAAGUUCAUUCCUGAAAGCACCACACCUGAGAUGAUGCGAUGUCCUUUGGAAAGUACGGUGUUAAAGGUGAAGAUGCUUGACAUGGGAGAACCAAGAGCUUUACUAGCAACAGCUCUGUCUCCUCCCAAGAUAAGCGACAUUGAACGCACCAUUCUACAUCUUAAGGAGGUAGGAGCACUUGCUAUCAGUGUCGGAUCUGAAGAAAGAACCCCUUACGAUGGGGAGCUGACUUUCCUAGGAAAGGUGUUGGCACAGUUACCUGUGGAUCAGCACCUUGGCAAACUAAUAGCUCUUGGCCAUGUCUUUGGGUGUCUGGAAGAAUGUCUUAUAAUAGCUGCAGCCCUCUCUUUGAGGAACUUCUUUGUGAUUCCUUUCAGACAACACCUUGAUGCAUACAGGAAUAAAAUGCAUUUUUCUGGGAACAGCAAAAGCGAUUGUAUUGCGCUUGUUGAUGCGUUUAAGGAAUGGCAGGAAAGCAGGCUAAAAGGAAAACUUCGACACCCGAAGGAUGAACUAGACUGGGGACGUUCCAACUAUAUUCAUAUCAAGAGAAUUAGAGAGGUGGCUGAAUUGUAUGAGGAAUUGAAGAAAAGAGUUGGCACGUUCAAUAUGCACGUCAAAACGCAGUCCCCCGCUAUGGAUCACGAGCACGUGCAUAAGCAGCGUUUCAUUUUGCAGGUUGUCAUGGCUGGAGCUUUUUAUCCAAAUUAUUUUACUUUUGGACAUUACGACCAAGAUAUUGCUGUGAGGGAACUCUUAGGCAAAGAUCCCAAAACGACUGUGGUGUUGAAGAACAUUCCCCCGUAUGGCUUCCUCUACUAUAAACAACUACAAUCCCUGUUUAGACAGUGCGGCCAAGUAAAAUCCAUUUGUUAUGAUGGGGCCAAAGCCUUUGUAGAAUUUUCCCGGAAUCCAACAGAACGCUUUAAAAUGCUUCCUGCGGUGUACAUGGCCCUCAAGAUGUCACAGCUGCGGAUUCAAUUCACACUUAACGUCCAUUCCAUUGAAGAGAUUGAGGGGAAAAUUGAAGGAGGAGCAAGCUCAAUUGUGAGGGACACACGAGUGAAUGUGGACUUUCAGAAGCAUACGGUGGCUCCUGUGCAGAGGUUCACUGACGAUCUGGAAAAAUUGCCCACCAUAAGAAGCCUUGAAUUGUCGAUCAAUGUCACAGAGGUGGUAGAGGUUGGACACUUUUGGGGCUACAGAAUAGAUGAAAGAAGUAUGACUUUUCUAAAAAACCUGUGUGCUGAAAUCAACGACCUCGAGCUGACCCCUUUGCCAGUUCGUCCGUAUCCAGAUUUGAUGUGCUUGGCCCCGUUUACCGACUGCGAAAACGAGAGAUAUUACAGAGCCCAAGUUCUGUACGUAUCUGGAGAGAGUGCUGAGGUUUUCUAUGUAGAUUAUGGCAAUAGAUCGAAAGUGGGUUUGGACUACUUACGGGAGAUUCCCAGCCAUCUUCGAGAGCUUCCCUUCCAGGCCCUGGAAUUCAAGAUGCGCAGGCUACGGCCCUCUGCGCAGUCCCGCGUCUGUGGGGAACAGUGGAGUUACGCCGCGAGCCAGCGGUUUGCCUCCUUGGUCAACGGUUGCGCUCUGAUGGUGAAGAUCUUUUCAAUCGUGCACAGCGUCUUGCACGUGGAAGUGUUCCAGUACUCCGGAAUUACGGACACCGUGAACAUCCGCAAUACGCUUAUCCAAGAAUGUCAUGCUGAGUUGGGAGAGGACUCCUAUGAAUCAAUACUAAGCAAUGAAAACCUCAAACAGCUGUUUUCAAAGCCAGAAGGGAACAGAGAAAUAGGAACUGCAUCUCCCCAGAACAGCCCAAAAGAAGAAGAGAAUCGCCUGGUUGAGAUGUUACUGGAAAGCUACUCUGCCAAUAAGUUUAGUGCACCACGCUGCAAGGCAAGCCUGACUGGCCCAUACAACCCCUACAGUUUGAAAUUCAGCAAUCUGACCCGAGGUUCCAGGUUCAGAACAGUCUUGGUAGAGAAGGAGAGUGUAAACUCCGUCGUUGUUGCUGAUGCCCCUGAGGAUUCGUUCCAACAGAUAUUGGUUGCUGCCUCCAUAACAGUAAAUGCAACAGGUUCCACAAUUUUGCUAAGGGAGACGUCUCUCAUGCCUCAUAUUCCGGGCCUCCCAGCGUUGCUCAGCAUGCUGUUCGCUCCUGUGAUAGAUCUCAGGGCUGAUGAAAGCAGGAGAAGAUACAUUGGUGUCCUUUGUGGUUUGGGAUGGAACCAUUCUCUGGGAACACCAGUCCUUCAGGACCAUGACAUAGAGCUUGCGUUUGAUGCGCAGAUUGAUGUGGACGACAUAACACAGAUAAACAUUCUAAGGCUUGCCAUUAACAAAUUAGUCUCUGACAGCCCAAAUGGCUUGCUGAAUUUUGGUCAAGAGAGAAUUUCCCAGUUGCGGAAUGCUGUUCGCCAGAAGCUUUUAAGUCUGAUUUGCAGAUCCAAACCCCGUGAAGUAAUUCCUCCUAAGUGGUAUGCAAGCCCAUAUGAAUGGAGUCAGGUAAGGCCAGAGCUUCUUAUCGACCAGUCCAAACAUCAGGAUGCAAGAGAAAGGAAUGCCUCCCUGUACCAGCUGCAUAAGUUGGUUUUGUUAAACGCCUAAGGCUCUAGUGCUAAGCACGCUUGCUGGAAGGA